UGUCCCAAUGGACCACGUGAGCAAAUUUAUUACCAUUUUUAAAAUUCGACAUUGGUAUAAAAGGGAGACCGAGCACUAUCCGAGCAUAAGCUUAGUUUCUUCUACGAAGCAAACAACCAACCCAAUCAACCAACCAUGUUCAAGCUGGCUGUCUUCGCUGCCAUUUUGGCCGUCGCUGUUGCCGCUCCCGGAGGUCUUACUGGCAUCGCCAUCAGCCCUGGAACUGGCCCAAUCCACGCUCCCCAAGUGGUCGCUGCUGCAGUUCCCGUAGCUGCCGCUCAUGUCGUUGCCCAACCCGUGGCCCCGGCUGUCCACCAGACCCCCAUCGUCACCAGGACCGUCCUUAACCAUGCCGCUUAUGCCGCACCUCUUCUCGCUGCUCCUCUUCAUGGUUAGACAAUAGCGUCGACGAUAAAUCUCCAACCUACCACCACCACCAAAACAACCAACCAACCAACCAACCAACCAACCAAUCAACCAAUCAACCUUACCAACCAACCAACAGUCAUGACGAGAUAAGAACAACCCCCGAGACAAUACAACAUCCCUCAUAUCAUCUAAAGCCUCGUUGAUUGCAUUCUCGCGUGACGAUGAAUAGACCAUAGGCUCGGAGAAACGACAAAACACACAAAAAAAAAAAAAAAAAAAAGGACGGACUUUACACCAUCCCUUGAACCCCACUUCCCCCCCGCACCCACACCCCCCCCGUCAAGUCACCAACGCACAGCAACCAAACACAAUCAGUACAUUCCCCAGUUCAUCCGCCGGAAAAUUGAUUAUGGAAAAACGAUUAAUUGGCGAAUGAAAUUACGUGGAAGAGGACUUCGAAUCGGCAAAUCUGGCAAUUAUUAGGCGAAUACCAACAUUGAGACGGCCAACUUGGAAAUUUGAUUAUUUCUUAAUUCUUGGAGAUUCGCCAUCGUUGAAAUUCGAAUAUUUGUCUAAUCAUCCUCCCACCUUUCCUCACCCUUAUACCCCUCAUCUUGAUCCCUACCAACUUUCAUAUGGAAUUUUAAUAAAAUUUUAAUUAUAAAAAAACAAAAAAAAAA